GUGGUAGUAUAGACGUCAGUGGUCGGACGGCUGUUCCGUUCGUUAAUCGAUCAAUUCGGGUGUCGCUGUGCUCAUUCGAAGGAAAGGAGACGUAUAUAGAUAGUAGAAAAGGAAAUACGGAAAUAGGCCGAGAUGCGAGAGCGUUAAGUAGAGUAAUGUCGGGCUUUCGGGUUGGACACGACUCUCGUCGCUAUUAUCUACCGUGAUGCAGAGAUCGGUAGUGUACCCUAACAGGAAUCAAAAUGUCGUCGAGAAAAAAUUGACGUUUAAUACACGAUAAAACGGAAAAACGUAAAAAGGCUUGCCGUUGGACCACGGAGCGAUAACUAUGAUGAGAUAACGAACGCAGAAUGAAAUACAACAACGUUGACUUUCUCGGUUAUGCAGUCCUCACAUUCACUUUACAUCUUAACGUUCGCGCAGAAGAAGGAGUUGCUUGCAAAGAUUUACAAGGACGUUCUUAUGAAAGCGGUUACCUUUACUUUCCUGGCCCGGAACCUUGUACAUUUUGUGUUUGUGACAACGGCAAUCCAAAAUGGUGCAAAGCUGUUAUCUGCAAAUUUCUUGAGGAAGAUUGUAAAUCUUUGCGAAGAAGCGAAAAGUGCUGUGAAUUUAUUUGCUUAAACGAUGCUAAUGAAAAAUCUGAUGGCAGCGGUACCAACUUGGUAGAAGGAAGCGUUAACUAUGAUAUAGGAUUACGUUCUGUUGCCAGUUUUGUAACGGCAAUAUUAUCUUUAAGUCUUCUAUUUUUCUUAAUAUAUCGCCUACGUCAACGAAAAAUUAGAGAUUCAGGAUAUCCCAUGUUAGUGUGUGUGGCAGGAAGACAAAGCAGACAAUUAGCAGAGGACCAAAGAAAUCUGGGCAGUAUGGGAUAUUUAGAAAGAGGAGGACUACAGCAUGGCAUUCCGAUGGAUGACAUGCCUUGCGGCGGUGGAUAUCCUUUGUGGAAACCGGCAAACAAUUAUUUCCCACGCGGGGAAGCACCUCCGCCUUACGAAGAAGCUGUAGCCGCUGCUAGGACAGAGCAAGCACUUUUAUCUAUGACCCCCCAUACUACAUUGUCUCCAUUAAAUUUUUCAAACGGCUAUUUGCAAGAUACCAAUAGUCAUUCGAAUAUAGCCGUUGUAGCUAGUAGUCAAGAUGCGUUAAAUUCGACUUCAGCGAUGCCUUCGAAUAGUAACGGUGCAAGCACUGUCCCAUUAAUAUCAUCGUCAAACGUAGCGAUCGGUUCAUUAACCACAUAUACGAACUGUCACCAACUUAAUCAGAGUGAACAAUCAACGACCCUUAAUGUUGGUACAUCCACUGCUACAAAUUACGCGGCAUCUACGAAUACAUAUGAAAAUUUGCCAGUAUCCACUGGUAUAACGAAUUUCACUUAUCAAAUUGCUACAGCAAGUAACGAUACCCAACCAUUAACGAGUUCGCAUUCAACUAUUUCGAAAACUUAUCGACAGCAUACCACGUUUCCUCGACAAAGUGGUGCAUUUACAAUAUCCGCGAGCUUACCGAGUUCCGAUAUAUCCGCUCAUCGUACUAUUCCGAGAACGCUCACGAAUAAUACUCCUACGACUAGAAUAAAAGAUAUUAUGAGCGAUCGUUCUACGGACGAGAUAUUUCAUCUCCCACCGAGAAGUUUGUCACCAAAGAAUUUGCCGCAAUCAGCUUCGCCGACAGUUUCUAACGAUCAAGAACAUAUGCAAGAUCCUUCUAAUAUAUUUUGCAAAGACGUUAUAACGUCCGUCACGAGUGUAACUCAAAUUGAAAGACAACAAGGAAAUGUUGCUUCGCGAAAACCGUGUGACUUUAAGCCUCCUUUAAACAUUGCUAAUGAGAUUAACGAAGAUGGAAGUUUUGAAUCGGUAGCUUGUACUUGCAGUAUGCAAACUCUUCCAACUCUUCACGAUGAUGCGGAUGAUUAUCGUAGCGAGUGCGAAAAUUGUAAAAGCGCAACUGGAUCUCGUUAUUAUUUGGAUAACGAAGAUGAAUUGGUUACAUCACCGCACGAAACCAUGACAUUACAUAGGAGACCAGAGGAUACAGCGUCAAGUGCCACACCUCAGUAUUAUAGGACUUCUCUUACACUGCCGACAAGUACUCGUCAACGUACAAGGAGUACUGGAGUUCGAGAAAAUUGGUUUAAUACCAUGCCGCAAAGCUCUACAGAAUCUUCGGAUGAAAAUUAAAUGUAAAAAAAAGAAAAGAAAGAAAGAAAGAGGAAGAAGAAGCAGAAGAAGAAAAAAUAUAUAAUGUCUAUAUGUUGAGUAAGUACCAAAAUACGCGAAUGCGUAUUAAAUAUUAGGAUCGUACGCUCAUUACAGAAUAAAUAAAAUUCGAUUCGCUUUACGCGCGCAUAACAUGGAGCAGUGUUGAUAGGAAAAAAUCUCGAUACAAAUAAUAACGUUUUGUACUAAAAAAGCUCGUUAGAUCUGCGUCGUUUCUGUUACAUUACUACAGGUAUUUGAUUAGAAAGCAGAAAUAAGUGAUACACAGAACGUACAAAAAUGGCUCUUUAUAACUUUAUAGUUUAUUACAGAUAUUUUUUGUAAAAGGUAUUAUAAAUGUGCACGUCGCCGAACUGCGAAUGUUUAUGCAAUCGUAUAUUUCAAUUGAAAAAAAAUUAUAUAUCGUAUAUUUUUUAAUUGUUUAUUGCUAUGAUAAUUUGAUCAAUAAAAAAAUCACUUUUAUAUGUAAGUACGGCGUCGUAAAUAAUUGUCAUGAUUUAUGAAAAAGCAAAUCGUCGGGAUUUAAAUUAUUUUAUAUGCUCGUCCUUUUAUUUUAUACACUAUUUAUGCAUAUAUGUAUAUACUUUGCAUGUUGAUUUUUUUUCUUUUAUAUAUGUCAGUGCAUAAACAUAGGUAGUUUAAAGAUAGCAUACUAUUUUUUUUAUAUCUUUUAGCUUAUCGUUAUAUUUGCAUUUAUUUUAUUAAGUAAUUUAAUAACAAAGUAACAAAAUGGCUAUAUUAUUAACAUCUAUAAAUGUAAAAACUCUGCGAAACUAUUAAUAUGUAUAUAUAUAUGUAUACAUACAUAAAAAAAGAUCAUAGAAGGAUGUGCCAAAAGUUUGGACAAUUUUGAAUGUAUAUUUUGUAAAUUUUUGAUCAUUUUUAAAUUUGAUAAUAGUUUCAAGUCAAUUUUCAACACGAUAACGAUUGAUUCAUAUAAAAUGUUUUUAAAUUUAGAUUUAGGUUCUUUAGGAGAAAGAAGAAACGAAUGAAAAAGAAAAGGGGUAUCACACUUCAGUGUCGUUGUUAGACAUUGUUGUUAUAUGAUUCUUUACAAAUAAUAUGGUUCAUCUUAACGUGAAAAGAAAAAAAAAAAGAGAGAAAUGAAAAAAAGGAAGAAAAAAUUCAUCACAUGGAAAGCAGUAUUGUUGCAAACAUUGAUCGCAUGUGUUUAACAAAAAUAGACAUAUUAUCUAGGCUGUACUGUAUCCUACAUGCAGGAACUUUAAAUUCUCGUCAUCAAUAAGAUACGAGCAACUAAAUAUCUUCUUUCAGUAGUAUAUACGAUACUUUUUUAAACAUGAUAUCACAAUAACAAUUGGGUAGUAUAUUAGGUAGAAGUUGGAUAAAAAAAAACACACAAAACAUAUACAUAUACACGUUUUAAAUGGCAAUGUAUAAGUUGCAUGGCAUAUACAACCCAUUUCUUUGAUAAUUUUUUUGUUUCCGUUUUAAUCACUGAAAUAUUUAUCUUUCUUAUUUCUCGUAUCAUUUUCAUGAACAAUGCCAUGAUUACUUCAAAGUUCAGCACAAAAAUUGACAUGACAUAUAUACUGUGUUCAACCAUAGUAUUACUUAAAAGUAUCUUCUUCGUACUCCUGUGAUAUAAUAUUGUAGAUCAUAAUAGGAACUUAAAAAAGAAAAAAAAAAAUAAUAAUAAUAAUUAAUAUUUUUGCUUUAUCGUCAUUAGUACCUUUGGAACUAAUGCGUGCUAAGUCGUGUGACUAAAAAAAAAGAUUUAAUAAAAGAGAUAAAAAUUAAAACUCAAUAAGAAGUUUUAUGAAAGGAAAAGAAAAGAAGAGAAAAAAAAGUGGUUCCAAUUUCAAGUUAGAUACCAUAUGAAAAAUUAAUUCAAAUUUGUAGCAUACACUUCAAUUCUAUUACUUUUCACAAUGAUGUAUAUAGACUGAUUUUGUCAAUCGACUAAUAUAUAAGAAAGAAAAAAAUUUUUAAGUCUUAACGACUAUAUUUCAUACGGUAAUUCCAGUAAGUUGUUUUAACAUUAUUUUUCGGGCAUCUUUAUAUAAUGAUAUAAAAAGGCUGCGAGAAGAGCGAGAAGAACUCAUUUACGCACAUUGGUGAUUUAGAAAAUAUGUGAAGCACCAAAAUAAUAAUGAUUUGGAGAAUAAUUUUUAUUUUUAGCACUAAUCCGACAUUAAGAUAAACAAUUU